AUGGCGUACAGCCUCGUCGCUGAAAUAUGGUCGGAACUGGCUUUUGGCAUGCUGGUAUUUGCCCUUCGAUUCUUUACAAGAUGGAAAUAUAGCGGGUUCCGUGGCAUGAGCUACGACGAUCUAUUCGCCGUAUUUGCAGUUACAUUUUGGAUUCUCGAAACGGUAUCUCUCUAUACCUGUAGUGCUUAUGGCAACAACAUCAAUCUCAGCGUGGAAUCCGCAUUGGCGGUUCCUGAUAGCGAAGUGCCUCGACUCAUCCUGGGAUCGAAACUCGCCUAUUGUGCUUGGAUAUUUUAUAUUCUUGGAAUUUGGACUUUGAAAGGCGUGCUACUUUGCCUUUACAAUAGACUCACCAUGGGACUUCAACAACAACGAUUUGUAUGGGUUAUGAUGGUUGUUUCUGUCUUAACGUUUCUGGCAAGCCUUCUCUGGCAUAUACUUUCGUGUUACCCAACCUAUCGGGCCUGGCAAAUCAAACCAUAUCCGGGUGAGUCAUGCACUCAAAGAAAAUGGAAUUAUGUUAUUAUCUGCGUUUUGGAUGUCGUAACCGACAUAGGCAUGAUGGCGAUUCCAAUACCCAUGCUAUUAAGAGCGUCUCUUACGGUGAGACGCAAAGUCUCGCUGGUUCUCUUGUUUGGAUCCGGCAUAUUCGUUAUGAUCUGCGCUGUCCUUCGAGCCUACUACUCCCUCGUUCUCAUCGAUGAUAAUACUGUCGCACUAGGAUGGGCUGCCCGCGAAUUCCUCGUCGCAGCUAUCGUGGUUAACGCACCAAGCAUCAAACCUAUUUUCAGCGACUUCAAGAAGAGAUUGACAGAAAACUACGCAAGUGGGAGCUGGAAAAGCGGCACCGGAUCGAAUGCUAUGUCCUCGGGACUUCCCCCCUAUAACGGCAAAAAUGAUAUCGAGAACAACACGGCAAUAACUUCGGGAAAUCACAAGCGAACACAAGCAUACAAGAUGUCCAGUAUCGGUCGCUCUCAGCCUAAGAGUGAAAGUCAAGAUCAUAUCAAUACGGCAACGGAUGCAGAUAACGAUAGUACGAAUAGUAACAUAGGUAAGGACGGUAUUAUCGUCACGACUGAGUUCAAAGUCUCUAGACGGUAAACGAACGGUUUUCGUGUUUGACGGAGGAUAAUAGCGCUCAAGAAAUAAAACACCGCCACGUCUGUGAGCGAUAGUUCCAAGCGUUGAUAUAUGUAUGCUAUUAAAAGCAUGCGGGAAGGCCUUGGAAACUAUUGUUUUCGACGAAUUCCUAUAAUGAUAAUAAUAGAAGGAAUUUACACCGCAAAUUACGCAGUGGCCCUCAAAUUUACG